GCGCCGCGGCGUCAGAUCGCCUGGAUUAUUCCUGCCGUGGACUUCUCCGUAUUUCCCGACUGUCAGGAGGAUUUUGCUGCCUUCCGAGCGCUCGGGGUCCGUAGUAAGGUUUUUGGCUCUCCGGCUUCGGAUUUUGCAUUUUCUCUCUUGGGACUGUCGUGGGCUGCUUUUCACUGUGGAUUAUAACUGCAACAUGACUCUGGAAGAGCUGGUGGCGUGCGACAACGCAGCACAGAAGAUGCAGACGGUGAGCGCCGCGGUGGAGGAGCUGCUAGUGGCUGCGCAGUGCCAGGACCGCCUCACCGUGGGGGUGUACGAGUCGGCCAAGCUGAUGAAUGUCGACCCUGACAGUGUGGUCCUGUGCUUGUUGGCCAUUGACGAGGAAGAGGAGGAUGAUAUUGCCCUGCAGAUCCACUUCACCCUUAUUCAGUCCUUUUGCUGUGACAACGACAUCAACAUUGUCCGGGUGUCUGGCAUGCAGCGCCUGGCACAGCUGCUGGGGGAGCCAGCCGAGACCCAAGGCACCACUGAGCCCCGAGACCUGCACUGCCUCCUGGUCACGAACCCUCACACAGAUGCCUGGAAGAGCCACAGCCUGGUGGAGGUAGCCAGUUACUGUGAAGAGAGCCGGGGGAACAACCAGUGGGUCCCCUACAUUUCCCUCCAGGAGCGCUGAGACCCCUCCCAGCAUCAGAACCUGUCGGAGGAGUUGCUGCCAAAAAACUAAAAUAAAUAUUUGACCCCCUCCCCCCAGAACAACCCCCCAAAACAAACUAACCAAUGAGACCAUCGGGGGCAGAAUCCUUGGAGACUGGAGACAAGGAGAGGGGAGUGCAUGGCCACCCCCUGGGUGGUGAGCCUGGAACAGCGCCAGUGGUGGCCACCGUGAGAAGAGGAGAAGGGAACUCAGGCCAGCAGGAGAGGGGACCCUGGAGCUCAGGCCUGAGCUCUGCUCAGGCCUCUGACAGAGCAGAAGCUGCAGUGGGGAAGGGCCUGGACUCCACACUUUAGGGUGGGGUGAGACCAGUGGCAUCCCCCACCCUUCUUGAGGCUGGAGCUGACAUCUGCAAACAGGCCUUGGUUGACGAGGGUCUGCAACCCUCGCCAGGACUAAACUUUGGAACUUGGGAACUGGAGCUGAUGUUGCUCUGUACCCAUGAACUCCCAGUUUGCAAACUAAAUAGACAAUCUAUUUUGUUACUUGCACUGUGACUUGAACCACUGAGAGAGACCGGAAGCUUACAGAUGCAUACAUCUAUUUUACUUCUAGAUGAUGGCCUUUUAAUAAAUUUCUAAAGCUUC